GUUUCUCUCAAAGGCAUCUUGCAUCAGCCUGUGGAUGUAUGCCUACCACGGGGCUCCUCCACCGGCAAAGUGGAAAAAGAAGCGUUUCACAACAGAUUCUUCUUUUCGGGUUGGGGGAACGCAGUGGAUUAUAGCUCUGUUUUCUUCCAUCCAAAACUGUGCACUUCUGGAUGAACGAGAUCCACAACUGGUCGGGGGUUCAAUGCUCUAGAAAGUUCCAAGGCUGUGACUUGAUGCAAAGAAGCUGCAAUAAUUGAGGAGAAGCAGAGGCCAGCUCUUCCUGAGGAUCCUGUCCCUCAGAGAAUGCUCUGCACCCAUGGAUGCUCCAGUGCCGACGCCAUCUGCUGAGAUGAUCCUGAUCCCCCGAAUGCCCUCUGUGCUGCUCCUGCUGCUGCCUGUCUUGAGUUCCGCAGAAGCUCAGGUUAACCCAGCUAUAUGCCGCUAUCCUCUGGGCAUGUCAGGAGGCCACAUUCCAGAUGAGGACAUCACAGCUUCCAGUCAGUGGUCGGAGUCCACAGCUGCCAAAUACGGAAGGCUGGACUCAGAAGAAGGGGAUGGAGCCUGGUGUCCUGAGAUUCCAGUGGAACCUGAUGACCUGAAGGAGUUUCUGCAGAUUGACUUGCACACCCUGCACUUUAUCACUCUGGUGGGGACCCAGGGGCGCCAUGCAGGGGGCCAUGGCAUUGAGUUUGCCCCCAUGUACAAGAUCAACUACAGUCGAGAUGGCACUCGCUGGAUCUCUUGGCGGAACCGGCAUGGGAAACAGGUGCUGGAUGGAAAUAGUAACCCCUAUGACAUUUUCCUAAAGGAUUUGGAGCCACCAAUUGUGGCCAGAUUUGUCCGCUUUAUCCCAGUAACUGAUCACUCCAUGAACGUGUGCAUGAGGGUGGAGCUUUACGGAUGUGUCUGGCUGGAUGGCUUGGUGUCUUACAGCGCUCCAGCUGGACAGCAGUUUGUACUGCCGGGAGGCUCCAUCAUUUAUCUCAACGAUUCUGUCUAUGAUGGAGCUGUUGGGUACAGCAUGACUGAAGGGCUGGGCCAGUUGACUGAUGGGGUGUCUGGCCUGGAUGAUUUCACCCAGACCCAUGAGUACCAUGUGUGGCCGGGCUAUGACUACGUGGGCUGGAGAAAUGAGAGUGCCACCAAUGGUUACAUCGAGAUCAUGUUUGAGUUUGAUCGCAUCAGGAAUUUCACUACCAUGAAGGUCCACUGCAACAACAUGUUUGCUAAGGGUGUGAAGAUUUUUAAGGAGGUCCAGUGCUACUUCCGCUCUGAAGCCAAUGAAUGGGAACCUAACGCCGUCUCCUUCCCGCUGGUGCUGGAUGACGUCAACCCCAGUGCUCGGUUCGUCACCGUGCCCCUCCACCACCGCAUGGCCAGCGCCAUCAAGUGCCAAUACCAUUUUGCUGACACCUGGAUGAUGUUCAGUGAGAUCACCUUCCAAUCAGAUGCUGCAAUGUACAACAACUCUGGAGCCCUGCCCACAUCGCCUGUGGCACCCACAACCUAUGAUCCCAUGCUUAAAGUUGAUGACAGCAACACCCGAAUCCUGAUUGGCUGCUUGGUAGCCAUCAUCUUCAUUCUCUUGGCCAUCAUUGUCAUCAUCCUUUGGAGGCAGUUCUGGCAGAAAAUGCUGGAGAAGGCCUCUCGGAGGAUGCUGGAUGAUGAAAUGACAGUCAGCCUUUCCCUGCCCAGCGAAUCCAGCAUGUUCAAUAAUAACCGCUCCUCAUCACCAAGUGAGCAGGAGUCCAACUCCACUUAUGAUCGCAUCUUUCCGCUUCGCCCUGACUACCAGGAGCCAUCCAGGCUGAUACGAAAACUUCCAGAAUUUGCUCCAGGGGAGGAAGAAUCAGGCUGCAGUGGCGUUGUGAAGCCAGUCCAGCCCAGUGGGCCUGAGGGCGUGCCCCACUACGCAGAGGCUGACAUCGUGAACCUCCAGGGGGUGACUGGAGGCAACACCUACUCUGUGCCUGCCGUCACCAUGGACCUGCUCUCGGGAAAAGAUGUGGCUGUGGAAGAGUUCCCCAGGAAGCUCUUAACAUUCAAGGAGAAGCUGGGUGAAGGCCAGUUUGGGGAGGUUCAUCUCUGUGAAGUGGAGGGAAUGGAAAAGUUCAAAGACAAAGAUUUUGCCCUAGAUGUCAGUGCCAACCAGCCUGUCCUGGUGGCUGUGAAAAUGCUCCGAGCAGAUGCCAACAAGAAUGCCAGGAAUGAUUUUCUUAAGGAGAUAAAGAUCAUGUCCCGGCUCAAGGACCCAAACAUCAUCCGUCUCUUAGCUGUGUGUAUCACUGAGGAUCCUCUUUGUAUGAUCACUGAGUACAUGGAAAAUGGAGAUCUCAAUCAGUUUCUUUCCCGCCACGAGCCACCCAGUUCUUGCUCUGCCAAUGUACCCACUGUGAGUUAUGCCAACCUGAAGUUUAUGGCUACCCAGAUUGCAUCUGGUAUGAAGUACCUUUCCUCACUUAAUUUUGUUCAUCGAGAUCUGGCCACACGAAACUGCUUAGUGGGUAAGAACUAUACCAUCAAGAUAGCUGACUUUGGAAUGAGCAGAAACCUAUACAGUGGUGACUACUACCGAAUCCAGGGCCGGGCAGUGCUCCCGAUCCGCUGGAUGUCCUGGGAGAGCAUCUUGUUGGGCAAAUUCACCACAGCAAGUGAUGUGUGGGCCUUCGGGGUGACUCUGUGGGAGACUUUCACCUUUUGCCAGGAACAGCCCUAUUCCCAGCUGUCAGAUGAACAGGUCAUUGAGAAUACUGGAGAGUUCUUCCGAGACCAAGGGAGGCAGACUUACCUCCCUCAGCCUGCCAUUUGCCCUGACUCCGUGUAUAAGCUGAUGCUCAGCUGCUGGAGAAGAGACACCAAGCAGCGGCCCUCCUUCCAGGAGAUCCACCUUCUGCUGCUUCAGCAGGUGGAUGAGUGAUGCUGCAGAGCCCGGAACAGGAGUUCUUGAGAGGAGCAGGUUGAGUGUGGAAGAGUCAUCUGCUGCUACUGCUUGGAAUUUACACUCUUGCCUUGGCGAUGGUAUGACCAGCAGAAAAAGAAAGCUUGAGGCUCUGGCUUCAGAAUCCAUGGAUACUGAUAACACUGUUAAAUAAAAAUCCCCUCAGAACAGAUUCUGAGCUUUCACACUCCACAGAUCCUCAGAUGCAGUAGGAAACAGGAAAAGGGAAUGAGAUGGUCUUGAAGUCUCUUCCAGCUCUGAUAUAUUCAGACCUCAUUGGAUAAUUGAACCUACAAUUGCUGCAGACUCAGUGUCCAGUCAUCUCCUGCUCUGAAAAUUGUGGUCAGCAAAAGAGAUCAUGUGAAGAAGUCACGAUAAUAGUAGUAAUAGGACACCCGCCACCGGCUCAGUGCUUUAAAGUUUAUCAUGUGUUUCUCCAUACUUUAUCUCACUUGAUAUCUGCAGGACCAGACAUGUCCUCAUGUUCUUUUAUACUUGGGACCUGCCACACACUCUGGUCUUCUCAAGAUUGGUAAUAGCUUUGUGUACUAUUCAUAGUUCCCCAGAGAAACAGAACUUAUAUAUAUAUAUAUAUAUAUGAUUUAUUAUAAUGAAUUGGGGAAUUGAGUUACAUAAUUAUGGAGACUGAGGAGUUCCACAAAGCUGGUGGUGAUGUACUUCUGAGAACCAGAAGGUUAAAGGUUUAAGUUGAGAGCAGAAGACUGAUGUGUGAGCUUAAGCAGUCAGGCAGAGAGGGUAAAUACCCCCUACUUUUUCCUUCUAUGGAGGCCUUCACCAGAGUAGAUGAUGCCCACCCAUGCUGGAGAAGGCAAUCUUCCUUACUCAGCUCACCAAUGAAAAUGUUAAUCUCAUCUGGAAACACCCUUAUAGAAAAACACCCAGAAGUAAUGUUUAAUCUGGGUGCCACAUGUCUCUGUCAAGUUGAUGCAUUGAAGUUCAUCUUUCCAUUUCAGUAGAAUCAAAGGGCCUGCAACUUGUUCUCCUUGAUCCAUGAGCAUCUGGCAGGCCUACAUUCAGACCAGGCCAGGACUUCCUAUGUGGCAAGAGGAACUAUGUAAUGUAAUUUCUCCUUCUUUUGUCUAGUAUCUUUCCACUUACUUCUUUUUACAAUUCUGCCUCAAGCCACUGCAUUGCAUGAUACCAUAAAAAAAUCCUUUAAAAUUAACUUAGUAUGUCUAGAUUUUCCUGGGCUUGAGUCAUACAGGUGAUCUGUUUCAAGCAACUGGCAAAUAUGUAUUGUCAGGUACAGUUAUCUUUUUCUGGGAUGAGGAAGGUUUCAUCUUCUGGCACUAAGACUUUUGUACUACCAGACACAGUUUUAACUUCCCCCUUAGUCAUACACGUUGUGUCCAGCGGCACAAAUCUAAGAGAGCCAUCAGGGUAAAUGAUCAAGGCUAGGUAUCUAGAAUUUAAAAGUAGGUGGACUUUUAAAGAAUAGAAGAAUGAAGCUAAGAAUUAUGUAGAAAAGAAGGUAGGAAAAUGGAUGAGAACUGUGGGGCCUUCCUGACCUUUCUAGGAAGUCAUCCUCUUCAUGAUAUAUGUGAAAUGGUUUAUGUCCAGAUUGUGGUUGGGGGUAGUAGAUUUAAGUUUAUACUUUCGCUAGUGAAUGUGGUGAUAGCUAAGUCCAAAUCUUGAUGAGCUGUCCAGACUCAUAUGUGCUAAGAAAAGAUCUGGAGUCUAAAGAGGCACCCAAGGGGAAAUGCGAUUUUAAUGCUGUGGAAAGAUCACUUGCAAGUGUACAAGACUGUAUAACAAAGGGCACUAUAUGAACGUAGAGCAGAGAAUGAAUCAAUGAAUGUGCAUGUGAUUGGACAGGGAGGCAGGUGGGGUUUAUAAAGGAGGCUACCUAAUAGGGGUAAUAGAGAGAAGGAUGGGGGAGGUAAGGGCAGCAAGACACAGAUGGUGCUGCUGAGAAUUCAUUCUGAAGCAUGAAAGCCAAUCUCUGAAGAGAACAGAAAAAGUAAGUGUCUUGAAGAUAAAAGAUAAACGUAUAUGGAGAGAGAGGAAAUUCUGGAUGAUAGAGAUUAUUAAAAGUAGUCAUUAAAAAAUGAAAAGUGAGGUGCAGAGUAUGACAUGGAAGGGAGCUUUUCAGAGUUUUAAGAAAAGAUAAACCCAUCAAGAAUAUACAAACACAUAAGCAACCACCAGGGAAAGACCUUUUCAUCUCAUGGGCUGUAGGAGAGGGAGGCAGUUUGAACAUGGGUGUUCUAGACCACCUCCAGUGCCAGGGAUUCAUGGUGGUGAAAAGAGAUCAACUCUGUCUGAACUGGACUUGGCUUUCCAAGUGCUGCUUUGGAAAUGAAGACCAAGUGGGGAGACAGGGAAUUCAUGUUAGUUCAUGAGGCUCUGUCUUCCUUUCUUUGUUUCUGCCACUGAAAUCCAUUUUAGAUAAUGCUCAUCAUUGUUGUGCCCAGAGAGGCCACAGGGAAACCCUGGAACAACAGGCUUAGGUUAAACUAGACGAAAUCUUGUUCGAUAUCUGCACCAAGACGUAUGUGCCAUGUUGGAACCAUGUAUUUUUCUAGUCCCAUCCAGGCAUCCCACAAGAGAGCCAUGAUGUGGGGCUAAGCCAUUUGUUUCAAGUAAAGGAGAACAGGAGAAAGGAAAGAGAUGAAGAUGUUCUAAGGAAAUAGUGUAAAACAGAAUAGCAUCUGUUUUGUCCAAAGCUACAAAAAUAAAUGGAGAAAAUCACAGUUAAGGCUUAGAUUACUCCCAAUAUAGAGCUAUUAAAUCUUUGAUCCUAAACUGAGUUUGUAGACCUGGAAUUUGCCAUCUUGCUCUUUUCAGUAAGACCUCUGAUAUCUGGAAGCACUUAUGAUGUUUCUGAAAGAUGUAGAUCCAAAUGUAGGCUGAAUUUCCUUCUGAAUUAAAAUUUAACAUUUUUGUAGAAACAGAUGAAUGUCUUUUCCACUUGGUAAAUGUCUUAGAAUACUAAAUUGAGAUAGAAAGAGACUGGAAUGGUUAAAGGUUUUUAGAUUUCUGGCAUUUUGAGUUCUCUAUAGUGCAGUUAACUCUAUUACUUGGUAGCAAACAUAUGGAGGGUAAUUGUUUAGUUGAUGUAUCUUUUUUCCCCCCCAACUGUUAUACUGAAAUACUUUAAGACUCAUAAGAAGUUGCAAAAAUAGUUCAGAGUUGCCUUUACCUAAUGCCUAGUGACCCUUAAACAGGGCACCUUUCCCAUUGAUAACAUCUUAUGUAAUCGUAGUCCAGUUUCAAACCCAGAAAAUUGACAUUGGUAUACUAUUAACUAAACUACAGAUCUUACUCAGAUUUCACUAGUUCUUCACAUUUAUACAUUUCAUUUCUGGAUAUUUUUAACCCUUGCUGAUUUGUAACCUGGUCUCGCUUGGCUGCAUCAGGAAAGACAUCUGUAAAAUCCUAAAGAGGAUGUAACAAAUUAAUCUGUUCCUUUAUUAGUAAGUAAUAUCCUGCCUAGAUUGUUUCCAUAUUUUCUGACUAGUUCGGCUGUUCAAUUGGCUGAAACAAUCCAAAAACAGCUUAGAAAAAUCAGAUAACGCAAAGGACAGUGAGACCCAGAGCUCACUAGCUCGGUACAGAAGGAAAUUAUAGGUGGUUUCUGCAGUUCCUUCCAGUAGGACUUAUACGGUGGCAAGGAUAGGACUUUAGAAUAAAUCAGUAUUUUGAUUAAGAACUAGGUGGCACUUCAUUCUUGGCAUCAGGAAGAGCUUUUGGAAGGAAGAGAGUACAAUGGUUGAGACUUAUUGUGUAGUAAAACACUACUCUCAGAAUAUUAGAGAACUUUCAUUUACCUAAAUGUCUAUUCUUAAAUGGAAUAACAACCACAUUGGACUAAACAAAGUACAAAUACAGGAGCAACCUGGCCCAGAGGUUCAGGAAGAUAGGGGAGUUGAAGCUUUAGUUUUGUGGAUUACAGUUUUGAGUUCUGUAAUGGCAUUUUUAAGCUGCCCUGUUUAAGGGUCACGAGAUUAUACGUGAGUUCACCUCUGCACACCCCACGUCCUAUAAAGUUCCUAGCACAUAGUGAGCACACCAUAAAUAUUUGCUGAAUUUUUUUUUGAACGAAUGAAAGGUAAAGCAGAAACUUGUCAACUGGCAUAACUAGGGUGAAUUUAGGUAGAAUUGCUUUGCUGUAAUGUAGAGGGUUUAUUUUCAAAUGAGGAAAGAGGAAAAUGUGCCCAAACUUGUACCUAUAAGUUACAUCCUCCAUUGCUUUGUUUACUAAUGUUGAAAUUGAUCUAUGUAAAUGUCUUAUUCUUUGAGGUAUUUAGACAGAAAUGCAAGGUUCUUCUCUGCAUGGUACCCCAUCAAGAGCAGGGACAGACUCCGGCCCCAAACCCAGCUCUUUUGGAACAAGAUUUUAAGUUUCUCCUGCAAACACCUUGUCAACAACUUCUUGGGCCUCCAAAGGUGAAAGAUGGGAGUCCCAGGCUAGCUCAUGCUUACCCACGUUCACAAUUGCAUGUAAAGGAAGAAUUUGCAGAGACUCGAGGGAAAGCACAAAGGGAUAAGGCAAUCACUUUAGGUGAAAAACUGUUUCUUGAAAAGAGGCUUGGAGAAAAGUGAAAGUUGAUCAGAUUACUACAAAUGCACCAAGGGUUUGUAAUCUAGCCUAUUCAUUUUAUGUCCUUCACUAUUCAUGAUAUGCUAGUCUUCCACCCCAUUGUCUGGUAACUUUUUCUGAGGACCGAGUUUCUAAAGCAAUGUGGUGCACUCUUCCUAUGAGGAGGAAACAUCUGGGCUUUAUUCUUCAAGCUUUGGAGGUUGAUGUGUCUUGUCAAGGAGUAAAAAUAGCAAAUAAAUUGAUUUUAUUUCUGCUUAAAACUAUCAUAGUCAUUCCAAAUAGAACAUAUAAAAAUUCUCUGUAUUAGAAAAAAAAUGAGAUACCAACUGUAUAUUGUCUUUAUUUAUUCUCUGUAAGUCUGUCAGGUGAUAAAUUGUAAAUAACAAUGAUUAAAGAAAUAUGCUACUGA